CACAGCAGACACCAUGGCGCAACCACAGCCGCAGCAACAGCCUCCGCCGUCGCAGGUUCCACAGCGGGCAUUUUCGCCUCCUCAGCCAAGCCCAUCGCCCGCAACCUCGUCACAGUCGGGCUUUGCGCUGCCUCCCAACAAACGAAUCCGAACAGAUGGCCCAAUGUCACAGCCUGGAUCGCCGUAUGCUGCUUCGCCAUACACCAUGAGCCCGGUGCCUGCGGCUACUCCCCCGCCUCCAGCUGGAUCACCGACGUAUCCUCAAGCCCAUGCGCAAACACCGACUGCCACAGCUGGGUAUCCUAUGCCGUACACCAAUGGCCAUCCUCCACAAGGCUUGAGUCUUCCAGCUGCCUCACCAACUUCACCGAUGCAUGUGCCAAUGCCAGGACCAGUGCAAACCCCAGUUCCACUACCGACUCCGAUCACAAUGUCCCAAUAUACGAACGCAACAAUGCAGCCCAUGCCACAAGUAGCCCCUCAUCAAAUGCAGACUCCUGGCGUGAUGGGCCCUCCUCAGAAACCAGCAGAAAGGCCGACGAAGGACUACGAGUAUGACGUGACCGAUUCAUUGGCCGGUACGGGCAUCGAUCUCCGGGCAGAGGAGCAGUAUAUGGCAGAGCUUUACUCGAAUGCACUCGAGACAAUAUCAGAGGCCAGGACGGGAUUUGCCCAUUAUCCAUCGGGCUCAAAGUCUACGUUUUACGGCGCUGGCCCUGCCAAUCAACCUGCUCAGCCUACGGAUCUGUCACAACAGCAGUACAGUGCUCAGGCCGCUGAGCAGGCAUGGCAGGAUUCAUCAAUGCGGCUUGCUGUACAGAGAACCCAAGAAAUCAAUGAUCCUUUUCUUCUCGUGGCACUGCUGCAUCGCCGAGCGGAAAAGGUUGCCCGUGAACACCACCUCGGUCUUAACCUUGAGCUCAAGAACAACACUCACUCUAUGGGGAAGAUGAAGCUGCCGGAGAACUUUGCGGCGCCCAAAGUUACCGUCAAGACACAGCCGGGGCCGGAUGGCACUGUAGUGGAAACUAGCGGUUCUUUCAUUCCACAAGACGCCUAUCUAGUGGACCAGCUCGCUCUGAUGUCGAUAGCAACGAAACAGAGACUACGUGAGUUGAUUGAAGACGCAAAUAUCAUCUCAAGAACACGGCAAAAGACGUCUCAUGGAGAAGUACCUCUAGAGUGGGCAGCUGCAGCCGCUCCAAUGAACGCGGAGCCGUUGGAGCCCAUGGAAAAGGCUACCGAUGCGAACGGGACUGGAAUAGACACCGAGACUGGCAGCGGUACCAGUCCUUUGAAGCGUCCUGCCGACACAAGUGAUACGGCCGUCAAACAGCCGCCCGCAAAGUUGCCCAAGAUUGCCUCUUAUGCAACGCUAACAAUGCGAGAUUUGGCCAGGCAAGAGCGCGAAUGGGAAGAGGCUCGGCUGCGUAGACGUCAGAUGCGCAAAGACGGCAUCACUGAUGCAGGCGCUUCAGCUUCGCGAUCGGGAAGCGUAGCACCUGGCACGCCCGGAUCAGUAGCCCCAGAGACGGAAAAGGCGAUGACGAAGAAGGAGUUGAAGAAGACGCAGCAAAUGAAAGCUCAAGAAGCCAAUAGUCAUGCAAACCAGAACAUUACCAGCAGCAUGUUUGCAGGAUUAGGAGGCAAGAGUGGCCUCUUUGGCAAGAAGAAGGCAAAGUCGUACGACUGGAUGAACGUUGGCCGAGGUGGAAGCGGAACCAGUACCCCGACAAGAGCCGCCCCAGGACCAGGCAAAGGCCCAAACGGCGUGCCCAGUGUAACGGCUUCUGGCAACAUGGCGUUGACUACGGAAGGCCGAAACAGACUGGGAACGUGGCGAGAGGACAAGGAAAAGGGGAAGAAUAUCCAGCUGCGUGACUGGAUCGCUGUGCUAGAAAGGGAUGGCCGAGAAGCCAAGGCGUUGCAACACGCUUAUAUACAUUUGGACAGUUCGAAUCCUAAAUAAUACAAUAAUGAUGACGGCGGCGGGGACCAGAGGGGGGCGCCUGAGGGAGUGGAAAUCCAGAAACAAAUGGGCGGGCUCAGUGAUAGUUGAAAUACCCAGUUAGCUAACAGCGAUGAUCGACGAAGAAAAAUAGACGGUGGGCUUUCUGAAAGAAGAAGUCUGGUUUGUUUUUUUGGGGGAACUGCGUCUUCUUUUUUUCCCUUUUUUUCCCUUUUUUUCCCUUUUUUUUUUUCUUCCCUUGCCAACGUGCAUAUUAUCUGAAUG